AUGAACAGGAAUAUUCGUAACAGUGAUGAAUAUUUUCUUACAUUCACACUUAAAAUACUAAAGCAACAAAUUACAAACUUACAGAUUGUAAUACAAAACGAAGACGAACACAUCUGUUCACCAGCCGACAACACGAAAGAUAUUGAUUCCACUUCGAAGUUAAGGUGGAACGAAAUCAAUCACCAGAUGAACACAAUUCUACAAACAGACUUACAAUACUUGAAUUGGGGAAGUGAAGAGAUGGGGUUGCUGAGACUUGCAAUCAUCUACAGAAAUGUGGUGGAAUCUGCACUUGUGAAGACACGACUACGUCUGUCAAGACUUGAAGAGGAAUAUGUUUGGUUGAACAGUGAAAUGGCUUAUUUUGAAAGUCAGAAGUUAGAAAACGAUAAACUAAUGAAGGAUACAAUGAGCAGGAUUCGUCACUAUUAUUUUCUUUAUAAAGGGAGACAGAAAUACAAGGAAGACUUCGAUAUGCCUGUGUCUAGAAAGAUAUUUCGUUCCGUAGAAAACGCUCUAUCUAGUGAUGAACAUCAGAAAGGCAUUACCUCUGUUCUCAUUGAUCCUAUAUCCAUCCACCUCACAUGUAGUCCAGAUGAUGAAGACCACUUAUCCGCUUCAAAUGGAAACAACCACCACACCAAGAAAUCUAGUGAAGGAAGAAAGAAAAUAAUGCGUGAGUACAGCAUUGCUGAACUUAUUUACGCCUUCACAAAAUGUUCAGGAACGAAAUUAAGUCUAGGUGAUUUGAAUUCGUUAGUAUUUAAAAACAAUGCUCCCAGCGUACAAACAUUACAAAUUCAGUAA